GGGAGAGGAGACCAGGACAGCCACCAGAACCUCUGAGAAGCCCAGAUACCAAGGAGAGAAGAUGUUUCAAAUUGGGGGCCUCAUUGUCUUCUGUGGGCUGCUGACCCAGACCACAGCCCUGUUGGAAGCCCUGCCCUUGCCCUUGGGUCAGGCCCAACCCUUGCCUCUGACUCCAGCGCUGGCCUCAAGUCCCACAGAUCUUGCUGGAAGCCUGACAAGUGCUCUCGGCAAUGGCCUGCUCUCUGGGGGUCUGUUGGAUAGUCUCACAAACCUUCCACUCUUGGACAUUCUGAAGUCUGAAGGAGGAAAUUCUGGUGGCCUGAUUGGUGGCCUGCUUGGGAGAGUGACUUCAGUGAUCCCUCUCCUGGACAACAUCCUUGAUGUGAAAGUCACUAAUCCCCAGCUGCUGGAACUUGGCCUUGUGCAGAGCCCUGAUGGCCAUCGUCUCUACCUCACCAUCCCUCUGGGUGUGGUCCUCAAUGUGAAAACGCCCCUUGUCGGAAGUCUGUUGAAGCUGGCUGUGAAGCUAAACAUCACUGCAGAAAUAUUAGCUGUGAGAAAUGAACAGGGGAGGAUCCACUUCGUUCUUGGUGACUGCACUCACUCCCCCGGCAGCCUGGAACUCUCCCUGCUUGAUGGAGUUGGCUCCCUCCCCAUUCAAAACCUUGUUGACAGCCUCACUGGGGUCUUGACUAAGGUCCUUCCUGAGCUGGUGCAGCACCAGGUGUGCCCUCUGGUCAAUUCAGUUCUUGCCAACUUGGACAUGACCCUGGUGCAUGACACUGCCGAUAAACUGAUCCAUGGGCUGACAUUUGUCAUCAAGGCCUAAGCCUUCCAGAAAGGGACCUGGCCUCUGCUGAGCUAACCAUUUCCUGCUGCUCAAUCCACUCCCUGCCCAGCUUCCGAGGACUCACAGAAGGCUAUCUACGUCCUGGACACUGUUUGGGGACCAGAACAGCCUUUUCUCCAAGGAAACUGUUCCCUCUCCUUUCCCACUACAUCCCUAUUCUCACCAAAUAAAAUUGUUCUCUGUCUGCA